CUGAUACCCCCUUCGCGCAUUCGGCUAGGUAUCGUCUCUUACAUCGCAUGUCUCGCCCUGCAUCCCUCGACUAGCCAACAAAUCACAACACCCCCCAAAAAGUAAAAGACGAUGCCCAGCUUGUUCUCCCGCCUCAAGCACAAGGACGGCGCCAAGUCCAAGAAAAAGGGCGCCGACCUGGACUCCUUCACCGAGCAGCUGCCCAAGGGACCCCAAUGGACCGACGCCUGGACUCGCACAAGCGUGGAACCCGAAGAGGUGGUUGAGCUGAUCAUCCUCUCUACCGAGGAGCUCAAGUCGCGAGCUCUCGAUAUCCCAUUUUUCCUGCUCCCCUUCCGACCGACCUCCGAUCCCAGCGCCGUUCGCACCUUUGUGCGACACUUUUUUGACAAACAAAAUGGCGGCCCAGCCAUCCGCGGAGAGGCACUCCAGCAGGAGCUGCGCAUGACCGAGCCCAUGGUUAUUUCGGGUGUGAUCAAGUGGUGCUGGAGUCGAUUGGAAGGAGGUGUUGUCGGUUGGGAUGCAUAUGAAUUGUUCAAGGUCGGCGAACAAGAUUCCAACAUGGCCAGAGACUCCUUCAAGACAUUUAUCCCGUUGAGCGUCGACAACAGGGCCCGUACCGAAAUUAUCUUCCAAUUCUUCGAUUUACUCUCGGCAGUCGCAGCACAUGGUAAAAUGAACGGUUUUGGAGGGCGAAAGCUUUCCCGCAUGGCGGCUUGGUGGGCAUUUGAACACGAUGACGGCGGGCAGGGCUUUGAAGGAGGAUACAAAUCGUGGUUAAAGGCAGCCGAUGCGACGAGCCAUCUGUUCUUCGCCUAUCUCCGUUGUCUAGCCCCCCUUCCGACUCUAGGCGCCAUCUCGACCCUUCCCCUAUCACUACAAAAGCUUUUGCAGGAAACCGAAUACCCACCACAGCGACCGGCCUUGUUGCAAUCGUCAACUCACAAGGUCGCCAUGAUUGUCGAGACAGUAUCGCCAACACCAUUCGCCCUUCUCCGACGAGCAAACCACUUUCAGUAUCGCGAGGAGGACAAGGCACUACGAGAGUGGUCCGAGUACGAUGACCCAGUCCAGGCCUUGACUGAGGAGUGUCGCAGAGUCCUUAAAGCAGUCUCUGCUGCAAAUCAGUCCCAGGCGGUCUCGAGCACAAAGCACUCGACUAGUCUUCGGGAUGCUUCGUGGUCAAGAUUCGAGGACAUGGGCUUCUCAGGCAGUAUCGAGGAGGAUUCCACCGACGAUGAAACUACCUUGGCUGCUAAACGCGAAAAGGCCAUCAAGGCGCAGAUUGCAGCUAACGCCGACAUGGGACGCCCCACAACCCCCUCAUGGGCCGACUUCCUGUCUUCAGGGUUCGACGACAAGAGUCACGGCUCGCACAAUAUUUUGCUUCCGCCUGACAAGAUUCUGCCGCCCAUUGAGACAACUGUCCGUCAAAAGAGCUCUGAAUCGCAUAAGCCCAGAUUCGAAGACGCCCUGCAGCCCGGUGAGCUUGCUAGCAUUACGAGAUUCGACCUCGAUGACGCUUUCUGGUGGGUAUGGAUGAGUAGUCUGGCGCCCGAGGAGACUCUAGAAAGGAAAGCGGCGUUUGGCCGUUGCGCGGUUAUCGAAACUCUCAUUCGUGCUGGGCGCUGGCUGGUCAUGGAGGAAAUUGUCAAAGGGGCUGCGCCUGAGGUUGUUGAGGGUGCGUAUAUCGCUGAAAAAAAGGGUCUUUUCAGCUGGACUCGCCGUAACAAGAAUCUCACCAGAAGGAAAUCGACAUCUGGCAAAAAUGCUCUGGAAAAGCCUGAUGGCAACCUGAAGGCAAGCCACACCACUGGUUCUCUUGGUAUCAGCAAGACAAGCGUCGGACCGGAUCAGCAGGCCAAGAUUCAGGCUGCUGCCUACCAACUUCAGAUGCAGGAGAAGCAGAAGUCGCAACCUCAGAUUGUCCAAAGACGCGGACGCAAUGACGCGGAAGUUAUGGCGGAGAAGACAAACAGUGUCUUUACCCUUCAGCCAAGCAUUUUGAACGCCGCAUCGCCAGCUGUCCAGUGGGCCAAUAAGUACGACCAGGACCGUGACGCAAUUCGUGAGGCCUACUUGGCUGACUCGAACGCUGGCCGCGGUACUUACGGCUCUUCUUACGCUUCUAGCCUUGGUCAGAGCUCGACAAUGGAGAUUUCCCAAGCUGCGCCUGAACUGCCACCAAAGUCGGCAGCUCAAAUGGCUGUCCAGUCCCCAAGGUCAGAUUCGCACCCAGAAUACAUCGGAACGCCAACCACCGUCAAGUCUGGAAAGGGACAGAUGAUGGAGAGGGCGGUUGAGGCUCCUCAUGAAGUUCAUCCCGCAGAACGCCAUUCGAAUGUCAGCCGGGAGACUCCGCUUGCUACGCCAACCAGGGAAUCCAAGAGCAUGGACCUGGUCCGCAAGAGCGUCGACUUUAUGCGUGAGACUAUGGCCUCUCCAGAGUACGUGGAUGACAAGAAGUCCAAGAAGCUUCACAAGGAGCCCAAGACUAGUGGAGGCGGUUUCAGGAAGCUGUUUGGUCGCGCUAAGAGGUCGUCAAAAAUUGCUGACAACACGCCUGAUCAACUCAAUGCCAUGAUUGCCGCGAACAACCAAAAUGCUCAACAUCGCAAGCCAGUCCCCCAACAGCCCAAGCCGGCUACCCCCGAGAAGCCUCCCAUGCAGCGAGAGGAGACUCAGUUUGUGACUCCCCGGGAGGAAGUCACUGACCCUCUGCCUGCUACUCACGCCGCUGAGCCUGUCCAGGCUGAACCUACUUAUGAGCAGCCCCAGCGGGAUGUCGAGGAGACUUCUCAGGUCAAUUCCUUCGAAGCCACCCCGCCUCAGGAGCACGUCAACCAGUUCAGCCAGGGUCCUUUGCGUGACCAGCCUGCCUUUGUCCCCGAUGAUGAUGAUGCUUCUGAAGAGAUUGUCGAGGAACAGCAAGCUGCUGCUGUCCCCGCUCCCAUGUCCGUCCCCGCUCCUACACCCGUUCACAUUCAAGAGCAGAAGCCCAUGAUGAGGGAGCGCCCCAUCUCCGAGAUGACUGUUUCUGAGACCUCGGGCUCCUCCAUCCCCAACAGCCCUGAGCCCGCCCCGGUCAGCCCCACUCCAUCGAACCCCCAGGAUCGCUGGGCCCAGAUUCGCAAGAACGCCGCUGAGCGUGCUGCACAGAGAUUGAAGGAGGAGAAGAUGAACGGCAAUGGACAGCCGCUCGAUGGUGCUAGGACACUUCAGCCGCCCAGAGCGAGGAUUGAGUUGGACGGCUAUAGCAGUACUGAGGAGACCAUCGAAUCCCGCGUAGCCCGCAUCAAGGCCCGCGUCGCCGAGCUCACCAACAACGCAGAGCAGAACGGUGGCAUCCCCCCUCCUCCUCGUCGGAACAUCCCCGUCUACACUCGUCGCUAGUUGCGGCCGUUUCAGCAGUGCAUUGAUUGCAGCGGAGAUGCCGCAAGGGACGUUGAUGAUGAUGACGAUGAUCAUGUUGAUGGGUGGUAAAGAUAGUCAUCAGUGUGGUAUGUGGUACGAUGUCGCUGGGCGAUUGUGUGUUGGAAAG